AUGGAAACAUCUCGACAGACUUCUGUCAGUGCAACCACAUCACGGAGUGCCAGCCGCAGGAAAAGGACAAGUUUCUCUAAAGAGCACGUGGAACUUCUUCGAGCUACCUUCGAGACAGACCCGUACCCGGGCAUCAGCCUCAGAGAGAGUUUGUCACAGUCAACAGGCCUGCCUGAGUCUCGCAUCCAGGUUUGGUUCCAGAAUAGGAGGGCACGUACACUGAAAUGCAAGAGUGCCAAAAAGGCUUUGUGGCAGACUGACUCUGUUUCACCAGUUUACACAGCUACCCAGAGUCCACCAGCUCAACCACAUUCCAGCACAAAAGAGGGAAGGGAAGACUGCAUGCCAGGUCUUCUAUCACCCCUUGUCCCACUUGUGCACCCCGUUCAGAUUAAGGAGGAGAUAGAAGAGGACUGUUACUACAGAUUUUGGCCUGCUCCUUCGAAUGUUUGUUAUGAUUCAGGCUAUGCCACCCCUUCAUAUCGCCACCACCAAGGCAGAUCUGUAAACUCACAUUCUAGCCCCAUGCUUUUGAGCUCUGAGCAGGUGACUGCAAACUGGCCUUUGCGGUAUGAUCGGGAGUCACCGGUCCAUUCUAUAUGGAGCCCCUCUCACAGCUCCAGCUCUAGUCAGGGCUUUUACUACCCCCUUACUACCCCCAAGCAGCAGUACAGCCCCACCCUUCAGUCUAUGGUCUUCUCUACCCCAGACUCAGGGCCCUGGGACAGAGGUCAGGUGUGCACCCCAGCCUCCAGCUCCUUCUGUUUACAAGAUCCAAAAAUGUCUGAAGUGGGCAACCAGCAAGACAAGGUCCUCCAUCAUGGACCAGUGCCUGAGUUGCCUGCACUCUCUCUGCAGGAAAUUCUGGGGGAGCUGCAAGGAGACUGGUGGGAAGGAGACAGCCUCAAUAACCACCCGACUGAGACCAAGAUAAUGUAUUAUUAA